AUGCGAGGAGGAGGAGGAGGAGGGCCGGGCGUCGCCACGCCGGGCCGCCCGCGAUGGGGCUCCGGGGUGACGACGCCGCGGUCGCUGAGCACGGGCUCCUCGCCGCGCGGGUCGGACCGGAGCUCCGACGAUGGGGAGGAGCUGGUCGAGGUGACGCUGGACCUGCUGGAGGACGACAACAUUGUGCUGCGGAGCGUCGAGCCGGCCGCGGCGGCGGCCGCGGCCGGGCUGGGGGUGGGGGCGUCGCCUUCGUCGUCGGGGGCGCCUCCCCCGCCCCGGCGCCACCCGGAGCCGCCGUCCGGGGCGCCGUCGCGGUCGCGGUCGCCAGCCAUGCGCCGGACCUCCUCGCACCGCCUGCUGCAGUUCUCGCAGGAGCUCAAGGCCACCGCCAGCCGCGCCAAGCAGUUCUCGCAGGACCUCACCAAGCGCUUCACGCGCACCCAGAGCCGCGCGAAUCUCGUCGGGGAGACAGGCGCCGCCGCCGCCGCCGCGCCCUCGGGCAUCGACGCAGCCCUCGAGGCCCGCGCGCAGCGCCGCCGCCGGGCGCAGCUCGACCGCACCAAGUCCGGCGCGCACCGCGCGAUCCGCGGCCUCCGCUUCAUCAGCGGCGGCAACAAGACCAGCAACGCCUGGAUCGAGGUCCAGGCCAACUUCGACCGCCUCGCACGCGACGGCUACCUCUCCCGCGACGACUUCCCCAAAUGCAUAGGGAUGACGGAGUCGCAGGAGUUCGCGAUGGAGCUGUUCGACACGCUCAGCCGCCGCCGCCAGAUGCAGGUGGACAAGAUCAACAAGGAUGAGCUGCGCGAGAUCUGGCAGCAGAUCACAGAUAACAGCUUCGACUCGCGCCUGCAGAUCUUCUUCGACAUGGUGGAUAAGAAUGCAGAUGGCCAUAUCACGGAGGCGGAGGUGAAAGAGAUUAUUAUGUUAAGCGCUUCAGCUAAUAAACUGUCGAGACUUAAGGAGCAAGCUGAAGAGUAUGCCGCCUUGAUCAUGGAGGAACUUGAUCCCGAAGGGCUUGGCUACAUUGAGCUCUGGCAAUUGGAGACACUGCUACUGCAAAAGGAUACCUAUGUGAACUACAGCCAGGCCUUGAGCUACACAAGCCAGGCACUAAGCCAGAAUCUCGCUGGUCUAAGGAAAAGGAGUCCGAUCAGAAAAAUUAGCAGCACAUUGAACUACUAUCUGGAGGACAACUGGAAACGUCUGUGGGUGCUUGCAUUAUGGAUUGGGAUAAUGGCUGGAUUAUUCAUUUGGAAGUUCAUCCAGUACCGCAACCGGUAUGUCUUUCAUGUGAUGGGCUACUGUGUUACAACUGCAAAGGGUGCUGCUGAGACUCUCAAGCUGAACAUGGCACUUAUUCUCUUGCCUGUAUGCCGCAACACCAUCACCUGGCUGCGGAAUACAAAAGCUGCAAGGGCAUUGCCAUUCGAUGACAACAUAAACUUCCACAAGACUAUUGCAGCGGCAAUUGUGGUUGGUGUUAUCCUUCAUGCAGGGAACCACCUUGUAUGUGAUUUUCCGCGGCUCAUAAGUUCACCAGAGGAAAAGUAUGCUCCGCUGCACCAGUACUUUGGGGAUAAGAAGCCAACAUAUUUAGACCUGGUCAAAGGAGUGGAGGGCAUAACAGGGGUAAUCAUGGUUGUGUGCAUGCUUAUUGCAUUUACUCUAGCAACAAGGUGGUUCCGCCGUAGCCUGGUGAAGCUCCCAAGGCCAUUUGACAAAUUAACUGGCUUCAAUGCAUUCUGGUACUCCCAUCAUUUGUUCAUCAUUGUGUACAUAGCACUCGUUAUUCAUGGAGAGUGUUUAUACCUUAUCCACGACUGGUACAAAAAGACGACAUGGAUGUAUCUCUCGGUGCCUGUUGGUCUGUAUGUUGGGGAGAGGACUCUUAGGUUCUUCAGAUCGGGCAGUUAUUCUGUCCGGCUAUUGAAGGUGGCCAUAUAUCCUGGUAAUGUUUUGACAUUGCAGAUGUCUAAGCCUCCCACAUUCCGUUACAAGAGCGGGCAGUAUAUGUUUGUUCAGUGCCCUGCUGUUUCACCCUUUGAGUGGCAUCCUUUCUCAAUAACUUCGGCACCUGGGGAUGACUAUCUAAGCAUUCAUGUUCGGCAACUUGGUGAUUGGACACGGGAGCUUAAGCGGGUAUUCUCAGCAGCUUGUGAGCCACCAGUGGGUGGGAAAAGUGGCCUUCUUCGAGCAGAUGAAACAACUAAGAAAGCCUUACCAAAACUUCUGAUCGAUGGACCAUAUGGGUCUCCUGCACAAGACUACAGCAAGUAUGAUGUUUUACUACUUGUUGGAUUAGGGAUAGGUGCCACACCUUUUAUUAGCAUAUUGAAAGACUUGCUCAAUAACAUCAUCAAAUUGGAGGAAGAGGAAGAAGCUUCAAGCGAUCUUUACCCACCAAUUGGUCGCAGUAAGGCACAUGUUGAUCUUGACACCCUUAUGAGGAUUACCUCAAAACCAAAGAGGGUUUUGAAGACAACAAAUGCUUACUUCUAUUGGGUGACACGUGAACAAGGCUCUUUUGAUUGGUUUAAAGGAGUCAUGAAUGAGAUUGCUGAACUAGAUCAAAGGAAUAUAAUUGAGAUGCACAACUAUCUCACAAGUGUUUAUGAGGAAGGGGAUGCUCGGUCAGCACUCAUCACGAUGCUGCAAGCUCUCAAUCAUGCCAAGAAUGGCGUUGACAUAGUUUCAGGAACCAAAGUCCGGACACAUUUUGCAAGGCCAAAUUUUAAGAAAGUCCUAUCUAAGAUAGCCACCAAACAUCCUUAUGCUAAAAUAGGAGUGUUCUACUGUGGGGCCCCAGUUUUGGCACAGGAACUUAGCAAACUUUGUUAUGAAUUCAAUGGCAAGUCUACAACGAAAUUCGAGUUCCACAAGGAGCAUUUCUGACAUAACAAGGUAAAUACAGAAUAGGGGAAACAAGGGGGAAGAAGAUGUGUUGUAUGUAAAGCCAUGUUUGCUUUAACGUGUUGCCUUCUUCGCAAUUGAGUUGGAAGAGCUAGGGAUUCUGCACAUGGUGUUGUGUCAUCACGGCGCCCUCCUCACCGUGAUACUACAACCAGUUACAGCAGCGACACCUAUUGCUUGAGAUAUUCAAAUACAAUAAGAGCACAUAGAAAGGUAAAUGGGGGAGCAGCUGGUACAAUCACAUGGUUUCCAUCAGAGAUUGAGCAGCAGAUACCCCAGGUGGAUGUGGACCAGCAAGGGCCAAGCUGGGGAUUCCCUCAAUAAGAUCCCCCAUGCGCGGAGUCUGACAGUUUCUGAGGAUGGUUGUGAUUGUAAGCAGCGUGAUGGUAGGACAUAGGAUGAAGGCCAGGAUGUCACAAGGCUAUCUAACUGUAUAUUUGCAUGCAGCUGAGUGGUUGACUGAGGCCACAUGUUUGUUCUAACUUUGUAAUUAUACACGGGGAUGAAAAAACAGGAAGGAGUAUAGUUGGUUUUUGUAUGUAGUGUAGGUUGGUAGUGACUGGGCCCAGAUUGCCGGGCCCAAAUUUGAUUGAAGCGUGUUUUGCUGCCUUGUCUGAGUGGGAAGAUGCAAAUUCUUUUUAGGCCCCGAGUGUAUGAUUGAAUAUUUGAAUGCUGUAUAUCUUACUUUAGUGAAGCCCUUGUUUAAAUUUUUUC